ACGUAUCUAAACCUAUGCGCUGCUCUCGGCUGCUCCGGAGUUGUGGAGUCGACGUUAUAUCACAAAACCCAGGGUCUAAGGGAAAGUCGAACACCUACUUUUUUAUAUUUUUGGCACAACUUGGAUAACUUUGCCGAAUGUUGUUUUGCUUUUGGGGCUCAUGAACUUCACACAGUUGAAGACUAGGAUAUAGCCUACGACUCGCAUCUUGAGGGGUAAAGUUCCUUUGGAGUUUUUUCUUUAUUCUCCUUUUCGACAGAUUUUGUGUAUUCGGGAAUAAAAUACUUAAUUUAAAAAAUUUCAGACAGAAUUUUGACAAAUGGAAAUGGAGAAUAAAACUGUUUUGAGGAUUAACUCAAUUUUGCGGAUUUGAGGAGGCCGUUCCACUCCGUCAAGCUCGCAGAAUUUCCUCAGCGCAGACACAAUUUCGGCAUGUAGCAAAGGAAAUACGCUCCCAGUGAUCUUCCUCCAGUCCACCUCUCCUCUUUCUCCUCUUCCGGACGUCUCAGGGAAUGGGCCAGCGCCUUCCCAGAGAGCACUGCUUCACCCUGGGGUGUGGCUGCUACGCGAGGGUGGGAAGAGCAGCAUCAACGUCCUAAAGCCCCACCCCCUCAUUCUCUCGUGACCUUUCACCUCUCACCGUACUGUGACCUCUGAGCCAUGCCGUUCAGGCUGAUGCUGCGUCGGACACGGCGCUACAACGUGCUAAGCAAGAACUAUUUUGUGACGCGGAUUCGUCUGCUGGACAACAAUGUGAUCGAGUGUACUCUGUCUGUGGAGAGUACGGGGCAGGAAUGUCUGGAGGCCGUGGCCCAGAGACUGGAACUACGAGAGACCCAUUAUUUUGGCCUGUGGUUCCAGGGGAAGGCCCAGCCCCAGUCCCAGCGCUGGGUUGAGCUGGAGAAGCCUCUGAAGAAACAGCUGGAUAAGUUUGGCAACGAGCCACUGCUCUUCUUCGGGGUCAUGUUCUACGUCCCCAAUGUUUCACGCCUUGAGCAGGAGGUCACCAGGUAUCAGUACUACCUGCAGGUGAAGAAGGAGGUGCUGGAUGGACGUCUCCACUGUACCGUAGAGCAGGGCAUCAGACUAGCAGGCCUAGCAGUGCAAGCUGACUUUGGGGAUUUCACACAGUUCCUGUCUCAGGACUUCCUCAGGGAGUAUGUGCUCUUCCCAGUGAACUGGCCUCAUGUAGAUGAGGUGCUGGAGGAGUGGACUCAGAAGGUGGCGGAGGAACAUAAGAGUCACUGUCGAAUGCAGCUUGCAGAAGCAGAGUUGCUCUAUAUCAAGGAGGUAGAGAAGCUGGAUGGCUUUGGACAGGAGAGCUUUGCUGCUAAGGACACCUACACCAAUGACAUCUUCAUUGGUGUGUCCUUCAUCGGAGUCUUCGUCAAACACAGGAAUGGCAGGUCCAUCAUGCACCACAGAUGGAAAGACAUUGGUAACAUAGCGCACAACAAGUCGGCCAUCACAGUAGAGAUAACCAGUAAAGAUGACACCAUCAUGUUUCACACGGAUGACAUAGAGCUGUCCAAGUACAUCGCUCGGCUCUUCACGGCCAGACACAAGUUCUACAAACAGAACAAGAUCUGUGCAGAACCCGCCCACUCCCCUGCACCUAUCAGGAGGCGCCCCACCUGGACCCACCGCCUCUCUCUGCCACGGCCACAGUCCUGUAUCCUCCAGCCAAUGCACUCCCAGUAUGCAGAGCAUUACCAGGACACACAGAGCUCUCAAGACAGCAUAUUCCAUGAAGACCCCUACUACAAGUCUGAGACUAGUCUGGACCGGUGUCCGGCCGAAUUCGGCUUCCGCAAUGGCAGUGUUCCCAAUGGCAGCAUGUACAGUAGUCCUAGCCUCAGCUCCCUCAACCACUCCCAAACCUUCGUACAACCUUCACCCAUCUCCUCUAACCUCAGUAUCCCUGGCAGCGAGCUGAUGCGCCCCGACUACAUCCCGAGUCAUCGCCAUAGCGCCAUCAUCGCCCCUUCCUAUAGGCCCACGCCAGAGUAUGAAGCUGUGAUGCGCCAGAAGUGCCACAUGCUCCCCGCCCACCAUGACCUUCACAGCCAAUCACUGAGGAGUCUCAAUAUUAGUAAUGCCUAUGCAUAUCGUCAGCCAGAGGCGUUGGUUUAUAGCCAGCCAGAGAUGAGAGAGAGGGGCCCCUAUCCAGGACCUAACCCUUAUGGCCCUCAGGUCAGCUACAGUAAGCCUGUGAACCCUGCUCCUCACCUGGGCCCCGGAGCCAGUCAGGGCCACUGCCAGUCUGCAUGUGGAGGGGGAGGGGGUGGGAGCUCCAUCUCUCACACGGUCAGCACGCCUGAACUAGCCAACACCAAACAGGGGGCUACUACAGGGAGCUACGGCGCUACGGCUAACAUGCUGAGGAACCACAUGUCGCGGCCGCCCCCUCCCUACCCGUCCUUCCGACCCGCCACAAGUACCCCGGACCUGGCCAGCCACCGGCACCGCUGCAUGGGCGGCAGCAGCCCCGAGCUGGUCACCCGCAUGGUGCAGCUGUCGGUGAAGACUUUCCAGCCGGACAGCUCUGCCGUGGUGCACCAGUCUCUGCAGGAGGUUAGCGAACCGCUAACUGCGGCUAAGCACCGAUCAGCUCUGGGGAAGAGACACAGCAUGGAAGUGACCAGCAGCAUGAGGGGGGGGGGAGGGGGAGGAAUGGAGGGCAUGGUGGUUCUGAAGGGGAUGGCUGCCCCACUAAACAGGAGGAAUACUCUCAGAGAGCACGUGAUGCCACCCCAGACCCAACCUCAAUCACAACCCCCCCAAUCCCAAUCUCACCAGCCCAAAGAGCUGCCUGUGCAGAGAGCGCCAGAGACCCCCAUACCGUCCUCCACGCAGGGAGUGGGCGUGGCCUACCAGCACCAGAAGACCCUCUCCAAUGCCACCAUGCUGAUCCACAGCAGUGAGAGCGAGGAAGAGGAGGAGGAGGAGGAAGAGGAGAGGCCUGAGCUGGAUGUGCAGAUCCCAGGUCUGAAUGAGGACAUUAAUGCCCAGCUCCAGGCCGCCCUUGCCAAGCUCCCCAACAAGCCCCCUCCGGAGUACCCCGGACACCCUAGGCCAGCCACCAACGCCCCCCUCCGCUCCCGCGAUCACAGCCACCCUCACCACCACAACCAGGGACACCAGACCCAGGGAACCAAGGACCCAAGCCAAGCCCAGCCCCGGGUGCUGAAAGCUGGGCAGAGUCAGGGCGGUGUAGGGGGUGGUGGUGGUACCCUGACCCGUGGGGAUCAGGCUGGAAUGAAUGGGGCAGUGCUGGGGCCGUCAAUCUCUGAGCCAGACCUGACCAGUGUGAAGGAGAGGGUCCGGAAGGAGCCAGUCAAAGAGAGGCCAGUGUCUGAGAUGUUCUCUCUAGAGGAUAGCAUAGUAGAGAGAGAGAUUGCACAGAGGACGCUGGAGAGACAGAAGAUGUCGGUGGACUCAAUAAAGAGACCUCUGAUGAUGGCGGCCCUCAACGGGCUCUAUGUCGCCAGGGUGCCUGUACCAGAGAACCCCCGGGAGGAUGGGGCCAAGGCUGCUGAUGAACGGUGUAAGAACCUAGAGUUGAAGUUGGAGGAGGAGAGGGUCUUCACGGAGUACGAGCAGAUCCCAAAGAAGAGGGCCGACUGCGUGGUCACCACGGCAACGCUGCCCGACAACGGCGAGCGGAACCGAUUCCGUGACGUGGUUCCGUACGAGGAGAACCGGGUGGAGCUGGUUCCCAACAAGGAGAACAACACAGGCUACAUCAAUGCUUCACACAUCAAGGUGAUGAUCAGUGGGGAGGAAUGGCACUAUAUCGCCACCCAUGGACCGCUGGCCAACACCUCUGCAGACUUCUGGCAGAUGGUCUGGGAGCAGGGAGUCAACGUCAUCGCCAUGGUUACUGCCGAGGAGGAGGGUGGUAGGUCAAAGAGCCACCGGUACUGGCCCAAGCUGGGCUCCAAGCACAACUCAGCCACCCACGGCAAAUUCAAGGUGACCACCAAGUUCCGUACCGACUCAGGUUGCUACGCCACCACAGGGUUAAAGGUCAAACACCUGCUGUCGGGCCAGGAGCGCACCGUGUGGCACCUGCAGUACACUGACUGGCCGGACCACGGCUGCCCCGAGUACGUCCAGGGAUUCCUCUCUUACCUGGAGGAGAUCCAGUCAGUGAGAAGACACACUAACAGCAUGCUGGACACCUCCAAGAGCCUCAACCCCCCUGUGGUGGUCCACUGUAGUGCUGGGGUGGGCCGCACCGGGGUCGUCAUCCUCACCGAACUAAUGAUCAGCUGCCUGGAGCACAACGAGAGGGUAGAGGUCCCUAUGAUGUUGAGUCACCUGAGGCAGCAGAGAAUGCUCAUGGUCCAGACCAUCUCCCAGUACAAGUUUGUUUACCAGGUCCUUAUCCAGUUCCUUAAAAACUCCCGUCUCAUCUAAACCCUCACCUCUGACCUUUGACCUGGUCCCACAUGAGCUGACACAAGGGCAAUGGAAUACUGGUGGAGCAAAUAACCCCCCGCAGUCCUAAAGGGCUGGGUAAGUGUGAGUAGCAUGGUGAUGGCCUCACUCAGCCCUCUGGUAUGGUAGGAGUUUCUAUAUAUAUAUAUAUAUAUAUAUAUAUGCCAUUUAGCAGACGCUUUUAUCCAAAGCGACUUACAGUCAUGUGUGCAUACAUUCUACGUAUGGGUGGUCCCGGGGAUCGAACCCACUACCCUGGCGUUUCUGACAUAUUGCUUACAUCUAUCUAGUCCUAUCAAAUGUUUUCAGAUUUGAACACAGCCAGGGACAACUAAUAUAUCCUAACAGUAAUUAUACAGUGUGUAUAUUUCAGACCUCCAAAUUUAAUCUGAAAAGUGACCUACUAUUCAGUCUGUCUCUCUUCUUUAUCUUGGAGAGAGAGGCGUUUCCGUUGUAUUAGUGAUAGCCUCUCUGUCCUAUGUCUUGUCAAUGGAGAAACCUGAGAGAGAUACAGACCAGACUAGCAUUCUAGAUGUUAGCGUUUAAAGUCACAUGCUAAAUGAUGAGUGUUGGUCGUUUCUUACCUGAGUUUAAACCAGGUAAACCCAGGAGACAAUUAUCUCAGCAUUUUACAUUUAUUCCUUUAAAACCAAUGCUAAUUGAAUAACUUUUUGGAAUAUGGUUCCCCAUUUGAAAAUAAUGGCAUUUCAAAUGUAAGGCUAAUGCACCCUUGUUAAUCAAAUUGAACCGAAAUCUGGGAAAAGGUUAAUGACAUGGCAUUGUUUUUCAUUGAAUAUAAUGCAGAGCUCCGUAUUGUUAAAAUGAGAAACUGUCAUUUUGUCCACUAAAUUAGAUGAUAAAGCCAACGUUACAUAAAUGUUUUUUCAGGUGACACUUAGAAAACAAAUGAAAAACAGGACAUGGCACUGUUGGUUGUUAUUUCAAGUGUUGUAGAAUCAUAUGUUUUUCUAAACUGUCAGAACCCUUUCUAAAUCUAUGGUGAGGCAGACAAUUGUAAGAUACAGUGAAGACUUGUCUCAACAUUUCAAUAUUUAAUAUUGUUGUAUUUUUUUCUUUUACUUUUAUUUAUUUAUCCUAACAACAUCCUCAUAUUUUUCCUGAAUGUGGCUCAUUGGAGUGCAUGUUGACAGUCGGAUGAUCUUUGCAAAUAGUUCUGUGGACAUUUGAGUAGGACGUGUCUAAAAUUGUCAUUGCCCUUCAAGUAUUCCACUCUCCACUCACCUACUUCCAGAUAUCUCAAAUUCCUCAUAGUCUUGACUGGUAGUACAUCUAUUGUUCUUUUUCAUCCUCAGACAACUUUUCAUGUACAUUACAGUAUGUCCAUUUACAGAGAGGCAUGUCAAAUACAUAUUUGUUUAUCCCAGACAUUUCCAUUGUGAUUAUCUCCUGUGUUCUCUCCCAAGUAGUUUGACAUAUUGUAGGCAUUGCUUUGCCUUUCUUUUCAUGAGUCUAAUGUACAAACACCCAAAGGUAUUUUAGUUCUAGAUCCUACAUGUGUGUAGCCCCAGAUGCCAGUAUGUCUCUGCUCUAGUUGGCUAAAGCAGACUGACACUCUGCUGAAUGUUAUGUAGGCCCCAGUGUGUGUCACACUGUGCCACUCUACAGAGGGGUCCAUGAAAGUUCAUGUGGAAUAGAGAAGUUUGUGUUCUGAUAUGGUGGCAGUGAGCCAAAUCCAGAAGGACAGAUAGAGCUGAUCCCUAAGACGGAGGACAGACACUAAUUAAAGCGUAGGGAUGGGCUACCCGGAUGUUUGUUUCCAUAGGGAGGGACUGGUAGAGACCAAUCAGACUCAGAGCUAUAGAUCUACAGUUUGGCAAACGUCCAUCUUGGCACCAAAGUUUCCAUUUAGAUUUGGUCUAUUUGAUAUAAUGGUAUUGCCUCUUGGUGCCAAUAUAGUGUCCAAUGUGUUUUUUAAUCUGAAAUUAAGUUUGCCAAACGGUAUAUCAAUGGCUCUGAAUUGAUGUUAUAAAUCUAUUUUGAUAUUAUAGACCAUUAUAGACCAUGAUCUGUUUUAGACCGUAUAUUUAUCGACCAACAUGGGUUGUGUCUAGGGUUACAAAAUUCCUAGGACUUUCAAUAAAUUCCCUGGUUUUCCAGAAAUCAUGGUUGGAGGACUCCGGAUUUCCUGCUUAUUCCCUCCUUAUUCUGGUUAUUUCUGGAAAACCAGGGAAUUUAUUGAAAGUCCCAGGAAUUUUGCAACCCUAGUUGUGUCCCAAACAGGUUUCAGUGACCAACCAGUCAAAGCCUCAAUGGCUGCCAUUUGUUUUUGUAUAACUGUAAAAUCUAUCCCUGUAAGGAUCUUAGGGCUCAAUUCAUUCUGUAUCGCUGAAGCUCUACAGAUGGUGUGAUUGAAAUUCAAUUUCCGAUUGAGCCGAAAUCUGCAGCGUUUACCGUGAAUGCAGUCUCCUCUAAAGCAGGAAAAUUGCCUUUAAAUUUCAAUCACGCAGUGAUGCUGAACAUCCGCACUACAAAUUGAAUCCAGCCGUUAGUGUUCCUAUGUGCCUAAACCCAGCUAUGGCUGCAUCCUCCAUAAUCUGUGUUAUGAUGUUUUUCUAUAUCUGUGAGAGUUGUGAUGCAAAGCCAGCCAUGUCUAAAUGAAUGUGUGCGAGAAAGAUUUCUACAAAUGUUUUUAUUUUUUUUGACUUGGUACCCUUAAAAUACCGUAAGAUAAUGAACUAUGCAUGUUUUUUUUAAAUAUUCCAAUGUAUAUACCUAUACUCAAGAUACGUAUAUAUGCUUUAUGUUCUCUUGACAUAUGAGUGUUCUAUUGCAUUCUCUUCUGUUUGUAUUUUCCCACAUUGAAUUCUCUUCUGUUUGUAUUUUCCCACAUUGAAUUCUCUUCUGUUUGUAUUUUCCCACAUUGAAUUCUCUUCUGUUUGUAUUUUCCCACAUUGAAUUCUCUUCUGUUUGUAUUUUCCCACAUUGAAUUCAUGUUAAUGUCUUAUUUUCCCACAUUGAAUUCAUGUUAAUGUCUUAUUUUCCCACAUUGAAUUCUCUUCUGUUUGUAUUUUCCCACAUUGAAUUCUCUUCUGUUUGUAUUUUCCCACAUUGAAUUAUCUUCUGUUUGUAUUUUCCCACAUUGAAUUCUCUUCUGUUUGUAUUUUCCCACAUUGAAUUCUCUUCUGUUUGUGAGUAUUUUCCCACAUUGAAUUCUCUUCUGUUUGUAUUUUCCCACAUUGAAUUCUCUUCUGUUUGUAUUUUCCCACAUUGAAUUCUCUUCUGUUUGUGAGUAUUUUCCCACAUUUCAUUCUCUUCUGUUUGUAUUUUCCCACAUUGAAUUCUCUUCUGUUUGUAUUUUCCCACAUUGAAUUCAUGUUAAUGUCUUAUUUUCCCACAUUGAAUUCUCUUCUGUUUGUAUUUUCCCACAUUGAAUUCUCUUCUGUUUGUAUUUUCCCACAUUGAAUUCUCUUCUGUUUGUAUUUUCCCACAUUGAAUUCAUGUUAAUGUCUUAUUUUCCCACAUUGAAUUCUCUUCUGUUUGUAUUUUCCCACAUUGAAUUCUCUUCUGUUUGUAUUUUCCCACAUUGCAUUCAUGUUAAUGUCUUAUUUUCCCACAUUGAAUUCUCUUCUGUUUGUAUUUUCCCACAUUGAAUUCUCUUCUGUUUGUAUUUUCCCACAUUGAAUUCAUGUUAAUGUCUUAUUUUCCCACAUUGAAUUCAUGUUAAUGUGUUAUUUUCCCUUUCAUGUUUCUGGCAUAAUUCCUGAGAAACUUUCAGUAUAUGUUGUGUAUAUAUGUUUUGUAUAUGCUUUUGCCAGUGCAUCAAGUCUUUUUUUUCUUCCUACCCCCAGUUAUGUAUGAAGCUGUCAUACUUGCUUAUUAUGCAAUAAAGCAUUAUUUUCUCUACA